AUGCAAUUCCUGUGUGUGUGUGUGUGUGUGUGUCACCUGUCACCACUUCCUGUUCCACUCAGACUCGGCGGUUCAGUCUCUUUGUUGAACAGCAGAAUCGUGUUGAGAGAAAUGAAGUCGUUCGUCUUUCUGCUUCUCGUGUUUCCUCCGACAGACGCCAUGUCGCCGUACGAUCCGCAGCUCUGCUACAUCCUGGACGGUUUCCUGGGCCUGUACGGACUCUUCAUCACCGGGAUGUUCAUCAAAGAGAAGUUCUUCAGAUCCAGAGUGAAGUGGGAUGAAGAUCAGGAACCGGACGGUGCCGACGGCGGCUACACUGGACUGGUGAGAGACACCGAGAGAGGACACAACCGCUGGCUGACCGAGGACUCCACCUACCAGGACUUGAACCGACCAAUAGACGGAGACUAUAAAGAGCUUCCUGUGAAACGAGAGCGAAAGAAAAAGAACGAGCAGAUUUAUCAGGGUCUGAGCUCGGCCACCAGAGACACCUACGACGCUCUCCAGAUGAUGCCACUUCCUGCUCGUUAAAUCCGCCCACUCAUCUUGGAUCCUCUUGUUGAUCACAUGAUUUUUUUUUCAUGGGUUAACGUGUUGAUGGAACAGUGCCCCCUCCAGGCAUCCACAUGUAAAUGCUUUAUUGUUUCAGUUUCUGCUUCUCUAUUAAAACUGUUGCUUUGUU